GGCUCUACAACCUUCAAAGAAGGCGAAACGGAAGAGGUGGUUAGAUUUUAUUGUUGUGUAAGCCUCAGUUGAGCAUCUUUGACUUAUUAGGCAGCGGCAGUUGAUAGCUUCUGACUCCGAAGCCAAUAUUGAGGAUACAACGGGUUCUGCUGAAAGUGAAAAAAGUGCAACAGAUGAAGAAGAAGUGGUAAUUCGAAGACACAAGUCUAAGAGAACGAAAAUAACUGAAGGAGAUUCCGACGAUGAUGUUGCAAGGAAUGAAAAAAGUAGAGGAAGCCGCGCACCUAAGAGAAUCAUGACAAAAGAUAAGCUACAGCAGGAAACAUUAGAGGCGGAAAAAGCUGAAAAGGAACGUCGUAAACGCCUAGAACAAAAACAAAAGGAGUUUAAUGGCAUUGAAUUGAUGGAGGGUGUAGACAUUGCUUCUGCACUUGUGAAUGGUAGUAAUUCCGUCCAGAAACUUAAGUCUAUUGUUGUCGACCCAGACAAAAAUGGAGAUCCACCAGUUCCAGUCGCUGUUCAUGCUUCUCUUGUUCGCGUUCUCAAGCCUCAUCAAGCCGAAGGAAUUCAAUUCAUGUAUGAUUGUGUGUUCGAGUCCAUUGACAGACUAGGUGAAGAAGGAGGAGGAGGAAUUUUAGCACAUUGUAUGGGACUUGGGAAAACUUUACAGGUCAUCACAUUUCUCCAUACUGUGAUGACACAUCCAAAAACUGAGAGGUAUGCAAAAAGAGUGCUUAUAGUAGUGCCCAAGAAUGUGGUCAUAAACUGGUUCAAGGAGUUUCAAAAGUGGCUUGAAGAUAAUGAUCCAGAGCUCGCUGUAAUUGAUGUUAUGGAAUUGGACUCGUUUAAAACAUACAAUGAUCGGCAUUCAGCAUUGGAAAAUUGGUAUAAUUGUGAAAUUCCUUCUGUGAUGAUAAUAGGAUACGAUAUGUUUCGUAUACUAACACACGAUGACUACGACAAAAGGAAAAAAGGAAGAAACAAACGAUUGUUGAAGUUGCAACAGCAGUUCAAGAAGUAUCUGCAAGAUCCUGGUCCAGACAUAGUAGUAUGUGAUGAAGCACAUAAACUGAAGAAUGAUGAGUCAGCGUUAUCCAGAACAAUGGUGAAGAUUCGAACAAAGAGACGGAUUUGCCUCACUGGGACGCCUCUCCAAAACAAUCUGAUGGAAUAUCACUGUAUGGUGAGCUUCGUCAAGCCUGGUUUACUAGGGACCAAAACUGAAUUCGCGAACCGUUUUGCGAAUAUAAUUACUAGAGGUCGGCUCAAAGAUGCUACACCGCUUGAAGUUCGUUUUAUGAAGCGGCGUUGCCAUGUACUGUUCGAGCAUCUUAAAAAAUGCGUUGAUCGCAAGGACUAUAGAGUUUUGAUGGAUGCAGUUCCACCUAAGCAAGAGUAUGUAGUCAACGUUAGACUAACACCUCGACAAUGUGAUCUAUAUAGGGCCUUUUUGGAAGGCGUAGCGAAUGACGGUGGUCGCUUAUCAAGGCGACUUUUGCCGGACUACCACGUAUUAGCUCGUGUGUGGACACAUCCUUACUUGCUAAUUCUUCACGAAGAGAAGCAGGAAAGAGAGCGUAUUCUUCGUGAUGAAAUGUUAGAAGAUGAAGAUUUCGUCGUUGACAGUUCGGAAAGUAGUAGUGAAUCGGAUUACGAAGACGAAGAUGACAAAGACUUGAUGAAGUCGUCAACGAACAAAAAGAAGCUGAAAUCGAACGCGGAAGCCAGCGAUAGUGAUGUAAUCUUGCUCUCCUCUGACAACGAAAACACAUUUCCUGAUGGAGUUGACAAGAAUAAGGUAAGAAAGUCGCGUCGACUUGGAGGAGAAGAGCCAGAGUUGGAUGGUCGUGAUGUUGAAACACCACCUGAGUAUAGUGAGUGGUAUGCUCAGUCUGGGCUGAUAUCACCAACUGAUCGAGAUGACUACACGCUAAGCAAUAAAUUGGUGCUUCUUAUAGACAUCCUUAAGAAGUGUGAAGAAAUUGGCGACAAGUUGCUAGUUUUCUCUCAGUCCUUAGAGUCAUUGAGUUUAAUAAAAAGGACGUUGGAAUAUCUUGAUGAAACGAAAGAAUGGUUCGCCGAUGGCCAUGAAGCUGUGAAAGCUGUUGGAGAGAAGUGGGGUUGGAAAGAAGGGCGAGAUUACAUGGUGAUUGAUGGGUCAGUGCAAUCAGGAAAAAGGGACACGGUUCAAACGAAGUUCAAUAAUCCCCUCAAUUUACGUGCUCGCCAGUUUACAUUUACCGAUUUAUUGCACAGGCGGUCUAUUUUUAAAUCUCCGCGUAUUUUCAUUAUGAUUAUGAGAGGAAUCACAAAAGAGUCCACUUCCAUGCGUGUUGUUGAUGAAGCUCAAAUCCAGCGGCACUAUGACGGUCACGAUCUUGAAGAACUUUAUAAGUUCAAUCCGAAUGAGUUAGAUCCAAACGAUGCCAACAAAAGACCUAGCUUUGCUCCACCAAAGGAUCGUCUGCUUGCUGAAAUUUUACUAUCGAAAAAAGACGCGGUCGUCGAUUACUUCCAACAUGACACUUUAUUUGCACAUUUAGAGGAAGAAAAGCUGUCAGAAGAGGAGUUAAAGGAAGCUUGGAAUGAUUACGAGCGGGACAAGGUUGAAUUUAACUCAAAAAAGGGGUUUGAAGUAGGAUUUCGAAUUAAGCAAUUCCAACAUUUUGUCUUAUGUGUACUCACUUGA